AUGAACCCCAACAACGGAGUGUCUCCGGUCGAGCGCGCGCGUCUAUUCCGAGAAAUCUUGCACCCGCGCGACCCGAUCCAGGUGUCGCCAAGCCUCGUCUCCCAGGUCACCAAUGUCGGUCGGGUAGGAGAAAGUGUCGUCGUCGAAGCGCCGUUCGUUUGCGAUUAUGGGUACAACAUCAGCAUCGGACAGAACGUGGUGAUUGGGCGGAACUGCACCAUCACGGACACGUGCGAAGUCAAGAUUGGCGACAACUGCCAUAUCGGCCCCAACGUGAGCAUCUACACAACCUCACUCCCUAUCGACCCUAAGAGGCGGAUGGGUAGCAAGGGACCGCAGCUGGGCAAGCCCGUCACCAUUGAGCCGGAUUGCUGGAUCGGAGGCGGCGCCAUUAUUCUCCCUGGCCGCACGAUCGGCAAGGGAAGCACAGUAGGUGCUGGAUCAAUAGUCACUAGGGACGUGCCGCCAUUUACAGUAGUUGUCGGAAACCCGGCCAAAGUAAUCAAGGGCGUAGCGUCUUAG